UGAGAAGAUUCCAGAUGUUUGAUCACUAUAGACAGUCUGCAAGGUAGACUUCAGUUUUGUUCUAGGACUCGAACUGAGAGAGAGCCUUUCAGAGACUUUUAUUACUUCAUUUGAAUCAUUUAGACUACCAGAUAUGUGGCAAUCUCACACACUAAGAGAGGACUAUUUAAGGGCCAGAUGCAACCUGCCACAACUGUCCACCAGCAAGAGCCUGGUGGCGAGUACACCUCUGCUUCAGGUGCUAAAGCUUGAGGCGUUUGCCUGUGCCCUGGGUCAUGAUGUUUCACGGAUCCCCUCUGCCACUCGUGGCACCAUGAGACACCUAACCUUCAGGCAUGACGAGGUCAGCCAGCAGCAGGCCCAGAUAUCUGAGAUCGUUGGGCAGGUGGAACGGGAAAUCACUGCCCUGGAGCAGGUGAAGAGCCCCGCUGAGAGCUUUCUUGAGGAGAAGCUGCUGUAUGGUCAGCUCAUGAGCGAAUGUGUGGAGGUCAAGAACAAUUUCAACACAGGAAUCCUUGUGCAAGACCCUGUGAUCAUCGAGCUGAGGAAGGAGGUGCAGCUGACUAAUGAGAUCACAGAAGUGCUCCAAAGGCAGAUCUGCAUCUUGGUGGAUAAACUGAGCUCUCUGAAGGAGAUACACACUCAGCUGCUGGUGGACUAUCAGGACAAGAGUUUAGCCAUCAAGCUUACUACCAAAUGCAUAAUCCAUGAUGUCAGCUCCCCCAUCUCCCACCUCCCUGCUGAUCAAUACAAGUCUAAACACAUGGGCUAUGACAAGUGGCAGUCCCGCUACAAGGACCUGAAACUGACUGCUGACAGCCUGGUGACAGAUUCCUCUACUUUCAGAGGGAACCUGAGCUUCACCCUUGCCAAGCUGAAAAAUGCUCAUGAGUGUCAACGCCGCAACACACAUGGUGCCAUGCGAAGAAAGAUCAAUGAGAUGUGCAAAGUCCAAGAGGGGCUAUGUUGGGAGAGGACACAGAUCACUGACGAGAUAAAGGAUCUGACAAAGGACACUCAGAAAGUGGCGGCUCAGAUCAGGAACUGUGAUUUCCAGCUGCAUCAGACCACCCACUGCCUGGACAUCCUCAACCAGAGGCCAAGGCAUGAGCUCUGCCUGGACCUGCCCCACCUCAGCCUCAUGCUCGCUAAAAAUGACCUGACAAAGAUGGCAUCUGGACUUCUCCCAAAACUGCAGUGCUGCCAACAUGACAUGGAGCCCAUAAACAGGCGACUGUCAAUCCUGGAGGACAGACUGGCCAACAACGCUGAAGCCCUGGAGAUAGAGCAGAAGUGCCAGAACCUGCACCAGAGUUUCUUGCCCCUGCACAACACCACUGUGGUCAUUCCCAGCAAGCCAAGGUUCUGCAGGAGCCUGAGGUCCUCCAGCCCCUACUCAUUCUUUCAGUAGAGUUCAUGUGCACUUUGCCUCAGCCCUGUGGUCUUCCAUUUGGUGGGGCAAAAAUGAAUUAAAUGUAAAUUACUGAGCAAAAAGACAUCCUGAAA